AUGCAGAAAACUAAAUGGCGAUUAAACCAAUCCAUCCUUCUCCUCGUCACAGCUCAGGUAUGUCUGAGCAAUGAAUAAUCAAAUGGUGAAUAAUACCAGGGAAGCUCUUGUUUUGAACCUUAUUGGCGGUCUGCGUCAUUUUUUUGAAUCAAAAGUUUGACAGUAACGUACAGUACCUAAAAAAAACCUAAAAUCAAUCUCUCACAUUUUCAGAUAGCCGCAACAGCAGCUGUACGGUGUUUCGAUUGUGUCGGAAUGGAUUGUAUGGGUGCUUUCUGUGAAGGCGAGUACUGUAUGGUGUCCCAGUAUGCUCCGCGUUGGGGUUCCGCUCGGUGGGGUGAGCCCGAAGUGGUGAAAGGCUGUGUGAAAGGAUCAAUGAUCGGGAAAGAUGUGCGAAGUCACUGCGAAUUCGCCGAAGAUUCUGACGAACCUUUCACCUGCUUCUGCAAUGGAAAAGAUUUGUGUAACGCGCGGAAAAACAUUCGCAAAGUGGAGAGAGAAGACGUUGAGCUCGUGAGUUCUCAGAAUGCGCGGGGAUGACUAAGAAUAAUUGGAUGAGCAGGUACAAUGCGUUUGCAAUGGAGCGCACUGCAAAAACGACAAGACGUGCGUCGGCGAAUUGUGCACUUAUGUCGUCAAUCACAAGACGAAGCAAGUGGAGCAAGGAUGCACUAAUGCUUCAGUGCCGUUGAUCGAACGAAGGGCCAUCGGUUCAUGCAUGGCGCCGCCCAUCACCGGAGCAAUGCAUCACAACGUGGCAAAGGUUAGCUUUUCAGAAUAUACCAGAUCUCUGAACUCUCAUUUUUUUUAGGAUGCUCAAUCCCUUUUGGCAGUUGAGUCAUGCAUUUGUGGAACGGAUUACUGUAACAGUGAGAAGCCGUCGAUCGAUGUUCCUGAGAACGAAAAGUGUAAUGCGUACGUGGAAGUGACCACAAUGGGCACGACCACCAAGAGUAAGAAUAUCUCGUGCAGUGGAGAAUACUGUUUUACUGUAAGUUGUGUGUGACAGUGAGCAAAACACGACAUGUGUUUUUCUAGGCUUCCAUCAAGUCCAAGCUCGGAAUAAUGUCUGCUUACCGUACAUACGGAUGCGCCUCUUUCACCGGAGAAGAUCCGCUUCCGGAGGAGCUCGACCCGACCGGAUGUGCCUCUUUCGUUUCCGAGAAUUUGGAAGUGAAGACGUGUUUCAAGGUGAUUUAGUGCUUUUAGUAGUCAUGGAGAGCCCACGAAGUGCGCGCAGAACACGCAGCAAUUACGAAAUCUCAAUGGCUAUGAGAAAACGCAGACCGAAAGUUUGGUGCUGCUUAGACUACAAACUACAUUUUUUGCUAAGCAGCAUCAAAGAUUUUGGUCUGUCACACUUGUGCUGAAAUUUACUAAUUUUUUUUCAAAUUUUAGACUUCUGACAAACAAGCCGUGGGCCGUGCUCUUGCCUCGAAACAAAUCCCUGAGUCUAAAUCAUCGAAGCCUUCGAAAGGAAGCUCACAGUAAGAAAUUUCAUGAAAUUUCAAUAACAUUCCCCCGAUAAAUUUAGAAAACAAAAGUCGAAGCCAAAGCAGAAACAAGUGGAAGUAGAGUAUGACGAGGAAGAAAAUGAAGAAGAGGAAGAAGCCGAAAAGCCAAAAGAGAAGGCGAAGAGCGGAAAAUCAGCGAAGGAACGACAGCAGGCGGAAGAAAAGAAGGAGAAGGAGCAGGAAAAGGAGAACGAGGAAAAAGAAGAAGAAGAGGAAGAAGAAGAGAAGGAAGAGGGAGAGGAGAAGAAGGAGGAGGAAGCCACCACGAAGAAGUCGUUCAUAUUUGAGAAGCCGACUCAGCCGCCAAUUCCAGAUGAUACCAAUACCACAAUGGUAGGCUUUGUAGUUUCUGAAUAUGCUUCAUCUUGAAAUAUCCGUACAGAUUACUGUCUUCGUGCUCAUCAUUUUGUGCAUUCUGGGCUCGGGAAUAGUUUGGAAGUUUGAGCUGCACAAGAAACUGAAGAGGAGCAGUUAUGACACCGUCGCUGGAGGAUAA